ACGUUUUGACAUGUGGCAUCCUCUAUUGGAGCGAGAGAAAACUAAAGCACCUGACAUUACUGCGUGCCGACCGAAAAUGAAUGCUUUUAGAACUAGAUUCUCGGUUUACUUUCGCUGACGCGAGUUGUGCAACGCAAAGAGAAAGUGUGCUAUUGUGCUAACGCCCCAGUUUCAUGCUCGGCGAACGCUUCGUGCGUGUAAAAGGAAGCCUGUUCAGCCGCGAGAGCAAUAUCUACGAGCACCAACACUUUCACCGCAGCAGCUGAGAAAAUGUCAGCAAUACGUUGCGCAGUCAGCCCAACAAGGUCAAUCAUCUUGAGGAAAGUUGCCAACAGUCAGCAGAGCAGAGCAUCCGUGCACAGGGUGUUGCCAAUCAGCUCGGGAAGUCGGUGCCUUCUGGUCGCCACUCUGCGUACUGCAGUCGGAGGUGGCAACAAUGGAAGCGGGGAUGAUGACAUGGGACUUCGUGGUACCAGUUCUGGAGUGGACAAAGGUGGAAUACGAGGAGGCACAGGCGGUGGAAACCGGGGAGAUGGACACCUCUGCUGCCCCAAGUGUGGCAAUCCCUGCACCCAUGUGGAAACCUUUGUCUCAUCAACGCGGUUUGUCAAGUGCGAGAAGUGUCACCACUUCUUUGUGGUCCUGUCAGACAUGGACACCAAGAAGACUCUUAAAGAAGCCCGCAUUAGUGCAGACAAAUCUGGAUUGGUUCGCAAGCCACCUCCUCCUCCAAAGAAGAUCUAUGAGUACCUGAACCAUCACGUAAUUGGACAAAAUUAUGCCAAGAAGGUACUGUCGGUUGCUGUUUACAACCACUACAAGCGAAUCUACAACAACCUUCCUGCGUCCAGUGCUGCAUCGAAAACGGAGACUGGUAGUGUUGUGGAUGGGCAAACUCACACUGCAUUCACAACAAGGGAUCUGCUGCACAUUUCGGGCAUCACUCAUGGAAGUUCACUAGGACUGGGCAUCCAGGGUCAGCCGUCAUCACCCACGCCUCACAGCACUGACGCCGAUGGCCAGGGCACGCGGGGAACAGAUGUUCUAGAUGCCUCUGAUGCCGAAAUCAGACUUGAGAAAAGCAAUAUUUUACUCCUAGGGCCCACUGGUUCAGGAAAGACGCUACUAGCGCAAACAAUAGCAAGGUGCCUAGAUGUGCCAUUUGCCAUUUGUGACUGCACAACAUUGACACAGGCUGGUUAUGUUGGGGAAGACAUUGAGUCAGUUAUUGCCAAGUUACUUCAAGAUGCUAACUUCAAUGUGGAGAAAGCACAGCAAGGAAUUGUAUUCCUUGACGAAGUGGACAAGAUUGGGGCUGUGCCAGGCAUCCACCAGCUGAGGGACGUGGGCGGAGAAGGGGUUCAGCAAGGCAUGCUCAAGAUGCUCGAAGGUACAUUGGUCAGUGUGCCUGAACGCAGCUCUCGCAAGCUCCGAGGAGAUGCCCUGACGGUCGAUACCACAAACGUGCUUUUUGUGGCCUCCGGAGCAUUCAAUGGCCUUGACCGCAUUGUCGGACGACGGCGCAAUGAAAAGUACCUCGGUUUUUGUGCCCCUUCACUCGACUCUCCUGGGCGGCGGGCUGCCUCACAGGCCGGGCUGGCCAAUGCCUCGCCCUACUCAAGUGCCAGUGAUGACAAUGCGGAGCGCGAUGCUCUGCUGCGUGGUGUGGAGGCUCGGGACCUUAUCGAGUUUGGCAUGAUACCCGAGUUUGUGGGCCGCUUCCCUGUGCUUGUGCCUUUCCACAGUCUGAGUGAAGACAUGCUGGUGCAGAUCUUGACAGAGCCGCGAAAUGCACUGGUGCCUCAGUACCAGAUGCUGUUUGGCUUGGACAAGGUGGAACUUACCUUUGAGCCUGAGGCAUUGAGAGCCAUUGCUCAUCUGGCCAUGGAACGAAAGACCGGUGCAAGAGGGCUGCGGGCUAUCAUGGAGACCAUUCUUCUGGAGCCCAUGUUCGAGAUCCCAGGUUCAGACGUGACGAGUGUGCACAUCACACACGACUGUGCCAUGGGAAAGUGUGCACCGCUGUACAUUCGUGGCCGACCAGUUGAACAGGACUUUUACGACGACAGCCCAACUGCUGACCAGGAGAGGGCCGUCAGUUCUUAGGGAUGUUUGAAUUCAUCCCGUGUGCAGGACUGUUCUUCGACAGAAAAAAAAAAAAAAAGAAAAAAGCCGUGACUGCUCAGUCAGAUCCGAAAAGCUGCAAGUGUUUUCCUGCAUCUUGGAACAAAAUUUUCACUGUGGCAAACUGUUGGUUGAAGCCAUCUGCUUGUUAUCUGCCAAAAUUAUAUUUGUUGGGGUGCACCAACAGUAUUUCUCACCAUACUUUUUUCUUUCCUAGCUAAAUGAUAGAACUCUCGCUGGAUUCUAAUUGUGUCAAUGAGCUGAACUGCAGGCUUGAACUACAGCCGGUCAAGUAGGCAGCAUUGUGACGAACUGAUCUCACUUUUUGUUGGGUGUCCUCAAGGGCAGCUUGAGACCAAAGGAAGUCGCACUCUAGCCUGUACUUGUGGAAGUGCUUCAGAUACGCCUUGGCAACUUCGGAGUUUUGUUGUGCAGUUUCCAUGCUAGUUCUCAGUCUGGAUGACCGCGAGGGAUGACAUACUGCAGUGGCGUUGCGGAGCACUGACUAAAUUUAUACCAUAAAGAAAUAACCUUCAACUAUGGAGCUGAAUGACUGCAGGAGCAUUUGCAACGGCAUCCUGCGGGAAGAAUUUAAUCUUGUUAAUCAUGGUUUUGACUUUCAAAUGCUGUUGUGUGAAAACAAUAUUUUUUUAUUAUCUUUGAAAACAUAAUGAAAAUUUUGCAGAGGAAAGAUGCUAGUUGACAUGCAGUAGCCAUUUUUUUUAGUUAAAAAAUAUUUUGAGAGUGGGUUCCUGAAAUUUAUUUUCGCUUGAUUAUUCGUAGCUUCGCUUACUGCUAUGACAAAAUAUUCUACUUGUGUCAGAAGCAGCGUCAAGAGUUUGAUGGGAGUACGUUGUCGAGAGACCUGUAUGAUACUGUGCUAUAGCGUGGCUGAAUCGCAGCAUUUGUUAAACUGGUGUAAAUGGAAAUAAAACUCGGUUUUGCUA